AUGGCCUCACUAUUGCUUGCUUUUCUAAUUCUCCAAUUCGUCCAGACCAAUUGCAAUUUCGAUGGAGGAUCCAUUGAAUUGGGAGCUUCAUUUGUCGCUGAUGCGCAAUCUACCACCAAUCCAUGGUACUCCCAUUCUAAAAUGUUUGCAUUUGGAUUUCACCCACAAGGCAGUAGCUAUGUGGUUGCAAUCUGGUUAGUGAACGCCGGAGAAACCACCGUUGUGUGGACUGCUUAUCGAGAUGAUCCACCUGUAUCACCAAAUACCACACUCAAACUUACCCAUCAAGGGGAAUUGGUUCUAAGCUCCAAACAGGGUCUCGUUAAUAAGAUCAUUGCAUCCAACGUUUCAUAUGCUGUGAUGAAUGACAACGGCAAUUUUAUAUUGUACAAUGAUCAAAUGGGUGUAGUAUGGCAGAGUUUCGACUAUCCUACUGAUUCCAUGUUACUAGGCCAGAGACUCUUUGGUGGGCAGCAAUUGGUUUCAAGUGUCUCUAAAACCAAUUACUCUAGUGGACGUUUCCGUAUCAAGAUGCAGAUCGAUGGUAAUCUUGUUAUGUAUCCGAAAAACACAGAGGAUGAUUAUGCAAGUGCUUACUGGUCUUCAGGUACCUUUGAGCACAAGACUUCAAGGAACUACCUGUACUUAAAUGACACCGGAUUACUGCUUAUCAAUGGCAGUAAUUCAGACGCCAUCAAGUAUUUCUAUACUACACUGAAUUAUCCUGUUAUAUAUCGUGCGACACUUGGUGAUGACGGAAUCUUUCGGCUAUAUUUUUACAAUGAUAGUAACUCCUCCCCCAUCAUAGUAUGGAAAAAGACAGAUUGUCCUUGUAGUGUGAAGAACAUCUGCGGAUUGAACUGCUACUGCGCUUUGAAUCAUGAUCAACCCGAUUGUGUUUGCUUGCCGGGUUCUGAUUUUGUAGAGCUCGAUUUCAAGCAUAGGGGCUGCGAAAGGAAUUUUACAAAAGCAAUGUGCAAAAGCGGGAAAGAAAACGAUACAUAUUAUCAUAUGGUUUCGGAAGAGGGAUUACUGUGUGAAGAUUAUCCUUACUAUCGGGCUAUUACUCACUUCAAAGAGGAAUGUAGGGAUUCAUGUUUGAAGGAUUGCGAUUGUGAUGCAGCUUUUUUCAAAAACUCUUUCUGCGAAAGACACAAGUUCCCACUGAGGUACGUUAAAAGAGUUUACGAUGAGCCUACUACGUAUAUGAGUUUCUUCAAGACAAUCAGAGUAAACCUAAAUGCUACUUCAGUGGAUAAGGAGAUGAUGACUUCAAGCAGCAACAAGAAGAUUAUUGGAAAGUAG